AUGGCUCACUCAGACAGUGGCUCAGUCAGACAGUGGCUCACUCAGACAGGUGGCUCACUCAGACAGUGGCUCAGUCAGACAGUGGCUCACUCAGACAGUGGCUCACUCAGACAGUGGCUCACUCAGACCAGUGCUCACUCAGACAGUGGCUCAACUAUCAAGGCCACCUCCCCGCUGGUGACCCUAAGAGGACCUAAUAACUCUGUGAGGAAGGGUCAGGUGCCGGAGAACCAACAUUGCCUGGUCCGGCUACUACAUCAAUCCCAACAGGCUGAUGGCUCUGCAUCCAUCACUGCGUGGCUGAAAAAAACCCCCACCCCUCCCCUUCUCGCUGGGACUAUGAAGACCACGCAGCUUCUGCACACUAAGGAUGUAAAUGACAACGUUCCCUUCUUCCUGUCCUCCACCUACGAGGCUACCGUUCCAGAGGGGGCAGAGAUCGGAACAUCGGUGGCCCAGGUUUCUGCUACGGACCUCGACUCAGGCCUCCAUGGAAUGAUAAACUAUGUGAUCUUGAAGGAUGAGAGUGGAGACUCUCAGUACUUCAGUAUUAACUCCUACACUGGGGUCGUACACACCCGCGCCUCGUUUGACCGUGAGCAGAAAGGUUCCUACCUCAUAGAGGUCCAGUCUCAGGACAGCUCCGAGUCAGCCAGGCCUGGACAGCAGGGCCAGCCCAACACUGACACGGCCUACGUACGGAUCCUUGUGACGGACGUCAACGACAACGCUCCGGCUUUCGCCCAAUCGGUGUAUGAGGUGAGCGUGGAGGAAGACAAGGAGGUGGGCUUCGUCCUCAUCACCGUGACGGCCAAUGAUGAAGAUGAAGGUGCCAACGCCAAGCUCCGCUACCAGAUCACCUCUGGCAACACCAUGGGCACCUUUGACGUGGAGCCAGAGGUGGGCACCAUCUUUGUGGCCCAGCAUUUAGACUACGAGAUGGAGCAGCGCUACGAGCUGAGACUGGUGGCCUCCGACGGGAAAUGGGAGAACGAGAGCCUAGUGGUGGUCCAGGUGGUGAACCGCAACGACGAGGCGCCCGUCUUCGGCCAGACAGAGUACCACGCCGCUGUCACAGAGGAGCUGACCGAGCUGCCCGUCUUCGUGCUGGAGGUUUCAGCCACCGACCCAGACCAGGAGGCAGACCAGAGCGCCCUGCGCUACUCACUCCACGGCCAGGGAGCCGACAGUGAGUUCACCAUCGAUGAGUCUACAGGCCGCAUCUACGCCCAACGCCGUCUGGACCGUGAGGAGCGCCCGGCCUGGCGUUUCCUGGUUCUGGCCACCGAUGAGGGAGGGGCGGGACUCACUGGCUUUGCUGACGUCCUUUUGGAAGUUCAUGACAUCAAUGACAACGCACCAGUCUUCCCAUGCCCGGCGCCGGACGCUUCAGGCUGCUUUGUUGGCCACGUGCCUGAGAACUCUCCCGCCGAUACCUCAGUGAUGGAGAUGAGGGCCGCGGAUUUAGAUGACCCCAAGGCCGGGAAGAACGCCAUACUGACCUACUGCAUCGUACAGAACGUUCGCAACGAGAUCAACCUCAAUCUGUUCUCCAUCAACCCUUCAACUGGAACCAUCAGUACAGUUCUACGGUCUCUGGACCGUGAGGUGGAGGACCGCUAUCUGGUUGUGGUUGAGGCCAGGGAUGGUGGGGGCUUGUCYGGKACUGGAACGGCUACUAUCAUGGUGUCAGAUGUGAAUGACCAUCCACCAGUCUUCACCCAGAGGGUCUACAAUGCCCAGGUGACAGAGGACCUAGAGGUAAACAGCGAGGUACUGGCGGUCUCCGCCAGCGAUGGCGACCAGGGUGAGAACGCAGUGGUCACUUUCAGCAUCGUCGGAGGCGACGAGGACAGGAAGUUCUUUGUGGAGACGGACAAGGCGAACCGGCGUGGUGUGGUGCGGCUGAAGAAGAAGAUGGACUUUGAAAAGCCCCACGAGAGAACRUUCAACUUGACUGURAAGGCRGAAGACGCAGACUUCUUCAGCCUGGCAUACUGCCUGGUUCAGGUGGAGGAUUCCAAYGACCACGCACCCGUCUUCUUCCCACAGUUCUAUGAGGCUCCUGCCAUGUCUGAGGACGUGUCUGUUGGCACCAUUGUGGCUCAAGUCACCGCUGCCGAUCUGGACUCAGGACUAAAUGGCCGCUUCUCCUACAGCAUUGCCAAAGAGUCUGACCCCWACGGGCAGUUCCUGGUGGAYCAGUCAGGCUGGGUGGUAGUGGCUGACUCUCUGGACCGGGAAAUGGUAUCCCAGCACAGACUCAUGGUCCUGGCCACCGACACAGGCAGCCCGCCACUCACCGGCACCGCCAUCGUUAUGGUUACCGUACUGGACGUCAAUGACAACGGGCCAGAGUUUGAGGUGCCCUACAAGCCCAUUGUGUGGGAAAACAUGGCUGCCCCCCAGGCGGUGAGAAUAAACGAUACAUCCCUGCUUCUCCACGCAGCCGACCGCGACUCCUCACCCAAUGGUGGACCGUUUUCCAUCCGUCUCCUGAUGUUAACCUCCGAUGCUAACAGCUUCAACCUGACUGACCUGCGCAACGGUAGCGCUGCACUGACUACCCUGCGAACCUUUGACCGGGAACGCCAGAAGGAGUACCGUCUUCCCAUUCUCAUGAUUGACAGCGGGUCUCCUCCAAUGAGCUCAACCAGCACACUGACGGUUGUCAUCGGUGACAGAAAUGACCACCCCCACUCUCCGGGCCACACCGACUUCUUCGUGUACAGCUACCAUGGUGUUCUCCCCACAACAGUGCUUGGACAGGUUCAAUCCCCUGACCUUGACGACUGGAGCGAAAAGGUUUACAGAUUCCAAGGCAAACCCCCCAGCGGGUUGUUCAGUCUGAACCACAACUCAGGCCAGUUGAUUAUCAGAGAGGGGGCCCCUGUGCCGGUGGGUUCCUACAGCCUCGAGGUGCGUGUCUCCGACAAGACCUGGCCCGACGUGACCUCCACUGCGGAGGUCGUCGUCAUGGAGCUGGACGAGGAGGCGGUCCAGAACGCUGGCUCUUUGCGCCUGUCCAACAUCACAGUGGAACAGUUCUUCAGUAGUGCACCGGGUCAGGAGAGUUCUUUCUCCCGCCUGGGUCGUCUCCUCUCCGAGCUUCUCCAGACCGACCGGGACAACGUCCACGUCUUCUCUGUCGCCAAUGGCAACCGCCAGGGUGAGCGCGAGGUCAACGUGUGGUUCGCCGCCCACGGCUCGCCAUACUACAAGACCGAGAAACUCCACGGCAAUGUGAUGCCGCAUAAAGCUAAGUUGGAAGCAGCACUGGGUGUGUCUAUCUCCCAGGUGGGUAUAGACGAGUGUCCCUACACAGACUGCAGUCAGUCGGGCGGCUGCAGCAGCGACGUCACCUUCAGCCUCACCCCCACCGCCCUCAGCUCCGGGAACACCUCCCUGGUGUCUGUCUCCGCCUCCUCUGAGGCACGCUGCGGCUGCAGGGCCAGAGAGAGCCUGCACCAGGCCUGCUCCUCCUACCCCCGCAACCCCUGCCUCAACGGAGGCACCUGUCAGGACAGCGAGCUGGGAUACAGGUGCAAGUGUCCACCCAUGUUUGACGGACCUGAGUGCCAGCAGACCAAGCACUCCUUCCACGGCCAGGGUUACGCCUGGUUCCCUCCCAUCAGGCCUUGCUUUCAAAGCCACAUCUCAUUGGAGUUCAUAACCGAGUCAGCCAAUGGGCUGCUGCUCUACAAUGGCCCUCUAGGCCCCGCCCAGGCCGGAGAGCAGGAGGACUACAUCGCUCUGGAAUUGAGGAAUGGCGUUCCGACCCUCAGCAUCAGCCAUGGAUCGGGAACACUGACGCUGCAGCUCCCAGCGAGAUCCACUGUCACGGACCGCCGAUGGCACCGCCUGGACAUCGUCAGUGACGGAAAGGCAGUUCAACUGAUCCUAGACCAGUGUUCGGGGGCAGUGGUGAAUGAGGUGGAGGGUCUAGUGGUGGAGGUGCUGGAGACAGAUCAGUCUGGCUGCAAGGCUUCUGGAGAGACCCCUGGCAACCUGAGGUUCCUGAAUGUGAACCAGCCUCUCCAGCUGGGUGGGUUGAAGGAGACCUCCACACACAGACGCUACAAAGCUUUCACUGGCUGCCUCAGGAACCUGGUGGUCGAUAGCAAGGUGUAUGACCUGGGAAUUCCGGGGGAGAGCUUGGAUAGUUCCCCAGGCUGUGGCCUGACAGACGGGGUGUGUGUGACAGCAAGUGGACCCUCCUGUGGUGUCCACGGGACCUGCCUGGGCGAGUGGGGCUCCUUCAGCUGUGACUGUCACCCCGGGUACAGCGGGCACAAGUGUGACAAAGCUCUACCAGAGUGGUCCUUCGUCAGGGACAGUAUGCUACGCUACCAGCUGAGGGGGGGAGGUAGCCCCCGUCGUACACACAUCCAGCUCCUGCUCCGCACGCGCUCCUCCUCUGGCACCCUGCUCUCCAUGACGUCCCGCGGUGCCAACGAGUACAUCAUCCUGGAGAUCGUAGACGGCCACCUGUCGGUGCGUGCCAACCUGGGCGACGGUGCCCACUCCCUCCGCCUGGCCAGCCAGCGGGUCGACGGGGGCCAGUGGGUCCUCGCCAGCUUGUAUCGUCAUGACAACCUCUUCACGCUGCGCCUGGAGCAGGGCGGUGGCUCGCGGGAGGCCAGGGCCUGGAUGGGGAACAGGCGGGAGAUUGUGGUGCACCCCUCCAGUGUGCUGCUGGGAAAUGGACCCACCCCGGGACAAUCUGCUGACUUCCAGGGCUGCCUGCGGGAUGUGAGGCUGAACGGCCACUCCCUCCUUCUGGAUGGUCAGAGUACCGAGUUCAGCACCGUGUUGGAGCGGAGGGGGGUGACUUCAGGCUGUCACUCAGAUGCCUGCAGUGCCAAGCCCUGCCGCAGCCCCCUCUACUGUGUGGACCUGUGGAGGAAACACCAGUGCAGGUGUCCAGGUGGCCAGGUGACGGUGACAGACGAGACAUCAGGCCACCACCGCUGUGUGCCCUCCCCCUGUGGACCCUCGGCCUGCCGUAACAGGGGCACCUGCCACGCCCUGACCCCCGACAGCUGGCAGUGCCGUUGCCCCGAGGGGUUCAGAGGUCAGCGUUGUGAGGUGGGCCAGAUGAAAGCCCACCGUAUGGCCGCCCUCAGCCCGGGCUCCAUCCUGGUCAUCAGCAUGUGUCUGCUCGUCUUCUUCGCUGUGCUGGUAGCUGUGACAGUGUGGUCCCAGAAGGGCAGUCGUAGUAAGUUCCAGAAGAGGGGCGUGUACCACAUCCCUGCAGAACACCAGAGCUGGGAGGACAUCAGAGAGAACAUCCUCAACUACAACGAGGAGGGAGGAGGAGAGCAGGACCAGAAUGCCUAUGACAUCACAGAGCUGAAGAGGCCCCUGUGUUCCAGCCUGUCCCAGUCCUCAUCCUGCACCACCGCCCCCCUCAUCAAGUCCUCCCAGGGCUCCCAGGAGGAGGUGCACCCCGCUGGCUCAGCCUGCAGCUCAGGGACCCCCUACCUCCACAUCCCCCACCACCACCACCGCCAUCAUUUUCACACUAGCAAUGCUAGCUAUACUAAUGAUAGUAAUGAUGCUCAUGCUAGCUCCGUGGGCCACUGCCCCAUGGACUUCAAGAGCUACGUGGCGCGCAUCAUCUGGGAGGCCGACAAUGACAGUCAUGAGUUCCCGCCGGACAGCUAUCAUGUCUGGAGCAUCGAGGGCGCCGGGUCCCCGGUCGGUAGCCUCAGCUCGCUGGGUUCUGCUAUCUCCCACGAUAAUGCAGAGGAAGAGGAGGGAGCAGCCUUCAGCUACGACCGGCUAUCCCACUGGGGGGACAAGUUUGAGGCUCUAAGUGAAAUGUACGAGCGACCGGCGCUGGCGCUGACAUACAUGGAAGCUUUGAGUUACAGUCAGAGUCAGAGGAGCCAUAGUCAGGACAACCUGCCACACCCUUUUUAGGGUACUCAUAAACCACAACCCAUCAUACACUGCAACAUUGACUGACUUAGUACCUGCUAGUGGUUGUGUAUGGUGUGUCAAUGCUGGUUGGUAGUAAGGGAAACCAAGCACACAGAAAAUUGGCUCUUGUUAUUUUUUUCUUCAUGUUGACAGGUUUGCUGAAGCUUUGUGUGGUGGAAGAGGGAUUACAAGUCUUAGUGAGAUGAAUUUAUUUAUUCUGUUUUAUUUCUCUCGGUGUAGUGUUGAAACUGUAUUUAUUUUUGCUCUCAAAUUAUGUUGAACCAACAGGGACAAUGUUGUUCUUCUAUAUUAUAAGGACUUUGAACUUAAUGUGUCAAAUGUAUAUGUUACCGGUACCCAUUUAUUUUGUAUUAUAACGUUUUUGUUUCAGACAUCCUAUUGGAUAAAGACAGUCAUGCCAAGGAAACGGGCAAACAGAGAAGCUCUGAUUUGUUCCUUUACCACAUUCUAUCCUGUGAGAAUAUAUAUUAACAGCAUUUUUGCCCUACACAGGGGGAGUUCCCCUUCUUCAGUUCAGCAGGAGGUAGAUAUGAUCUCUAGGAGGAACCUUAUAUAACUAAAGGAAAAUUGAUUAGACGAAGAAAGCCAUCAAUCGUGUUGCUUGUUCCUUGAUAUGUGUAAAUUAUCAGUUCUCAUGUGCAAGAGAUUCUAGAGCCUCUAGACUAUUGUCAAAUACUUUCCCUUUCAAUCACAGUCUAAUUGCACUAGUGGAUGAUUCUCAGUCUUGAUUGCAGAAUCCAUUUGCCAAAAAAUAAGUACAAACCUUAAAAUGCUUAGAACAGUAAAAGCAUUGUUGAUAUGCCUGGUGAGAAACCUUCACUUGGCAUCAAUUAUGUGUAUUAUAGAAUAUAGUGAUGGGUUUCAGAUAGGAAAUAUUUUUAUACUCCAAUAUAGACAUAAUGAACCCAGCCCUUGUGGUGCACUGUCUUGAUGUGUCUUACAAGGACGUGCUCCUUUCAUCUGUUUCUAGCUCUAUGUUGGUUCAGAGAUGGUGUUGUGUGAUGCCAAUCAUGUCUGAAACUUCCUGUCCUAUCGUCUUGGAAACAAGGAGGGCAGGAUGACCCCACAGUGUCCUGACAACGUCUGAUGAAUGUAUUGUGCUAAAGGAGCCAGGAAAUACAGGGAGGGGUUGGCUGGGGAGGAAUAGUUGUGAGUAGUCAAAGAAAAGUCAAACAGUACAAUCCCAGAAACUCCAUUGCCGACAAUUAUUUUAUAAAUUAUCUGAUUGAAAUGGUUCUAUUUUUGUUGCCGUAGGUAGACAGAAACUCCACAAAACUAGCUUUCCAAAAUGUCUUCACUUUAUGAUUUUGUUCUUGAUAACUCCUAUAUAUAGCUGUAAAAACAAAUAUCUCAUUUUUUCCAUGGCUGUAGAGUUACUGUGAUGCACAGUGGGGACAAAGUGAGAACCAGGAACACUUCCCUAACAAACACACUGAUAAAAUCGCUUCUGGCUAUUGUCUCCAAAUUGUCUCCACAUUUGAAAUUAAUGGGGGUGCCUUUAGUACACUGGUGUUUGGUGCAAUUAUCGACUGCACCCUUACAUUUUUCCCCAUAUAACUUAACUGCAGUUGCUAUGUUUGCAUAUAUUAACCUAAAACUAUAGAUACAAUGGAUAAAUGUGGUUGCAGCCAUACAGUGAUUUUGAUCAGGACACACAUGGACUCCAGAACUCACAAACCCAGUAAGGCUUCACUCCUCGCAGCCCAACGUCCCUACUUACUGUAUUCAGGACUCGAGGUCGUUGUCCCCGUGUUAUUAUAUGUAUAUAUAAUGUACAUAUCUACGUUUUAUAGCAACCUAACGUCAGAUAUUCCUUUUGUAUAUUACUUUUAAUAAAAAUUACUUUUCUU